GUAUUACGGCAAUUACAUCAACCCAAACGACAUCGUUUUGGUGAAGUAUUUUCUGCCACGUGAGUUUCUUUCUCACAAAACACACACACAUACGAACGAACAACCCCAAUACAAAUUGGUUUAUUUCAUCGUUGAAAAUUCACACGUUUCGUUUGGAAAUUGUUACACCACCAUGGCUUCCAUCAACAGCUUAUGGAUUCUCUCUCUCGCUCUUUUCCUCAUCGCUUCUCCUCUCAUUCAAGUUGCUAGGUGCCAGUCAGACUCAGAUGAAGCUGUGGAUACUACUGGAGACGCGAGUGAUGUUGGCUUUGUUGGUGAUGAUGUGCAAGACUUUGGUUAUGGGACCUUUUCUUCUGCUCCAGGAAUUGAUACAAUAAGUGUAUUUCCAAAAAAUGUUGCAAAAUUGGUAACAGCUGGAGAAGAGACAGAGCUUAUCGUUGGUGUAAAAAAUAAUGGGGAGUCCAGCUUGAAUGUUGUUGCAAUCAAGGCUAGUAUUCACCUUCCCAUCGAUCAUCGUCUGCUUGUUCAAAAUCUUACUGCUCAGGUUUUUAAAAAGGGUUCUGUACCCGCCUCAGCACAAGCUACAUUCCCAUAUAUAUUUGCAGUCAGCAAGUUCCUGCAGCCUGGAAGUUUCGAUCUUGUGGGCACUAUUGUGUAUGAGAUAGACGAGCAUCCGUAUCAAAGCACCUUCUUCAAUGGCACUAUUGAAGUUGUUGAAUCUGGUGGUUUGCUUAGCAUCGAAUCUGUUUUUCUUGUUACUCUUGGAGUUGCCCUCCUUGCCUUCCUGGGGAUAUGGACUCAUGGUCAAAUACAAAACCUAUCUAAGAAAACAAAGAGGGCUCCAAAAGUUGAAGUUGGAACUAGGUCUACAGAUGCUUCGACAGACGAAUGGCUACAGGGAACUGCAUAUACUCAGUCUCAGUCAAACAAAUCAAAGAAGAAGAAGUAGAUGAAUAAUUAUUCUCAACGAUGUUGAGAUUUUCUGUUGUAGCUUAAAAGAAUUUUCACUUUUUUUCACCUUCCAAUGAUGUCGAGCUUUUUCUAAGAAAAAACUAACAGUGAUCUGAGUUAGGAAGGAUAGAACUUUUGAGAUGUGGCAUAAUUUUUGUUAGAUAAUGAUCAAUUUACUAUCUACGUUGUUUUGUUUUUGUUUAUCGAGAGCGAAUUUGGAAUAUCA